GUGGUGGCGGUGGUGGUGGCCUGGUCACCUGGUGAGUGGCUUGGGCUCUUAUUUAAUCAUGUUUAUUUUAUCUCUCUCUUUCUUAAUCACAUACCCUUUCAUCCCAUAAUCACCAUUAUGAAAUUUUGACUUUGGAUCCGUGUUGUACCUCAAAGUUACAACUAAAACUUAACGGAGGUAGUAUUUUAAUUCAAAAAAAAAAAAAAAAAUUUGAAAAUGAAAAAAUAAAGUGACAUUUGCAAGUAUUAUUCAGUUGACUCAAGUAGAAGACAUUGACUUAAAGAAUACAACCAACAAUUUCGGCGGACAACUUAACUGGUUUUCCAAAUGGAAGGCGACAAAUCAAUUUCCGGCGAAUCAUACGGCGGCGAUUCAACCUCACGCGCCAAACAACUCAAACCUACUCGUGAUCGACUCAGCGAUUUACCCGAUUUAGCACUCACUCACAUUCUCUCUCACUUGUUCGUCGAAGAAGCAGCAAGAACUACCGUUUUAUCGAAACGUUUCAACUCAAUAUGGAACUCAGUUUCCGUACUCAAUUUUUCCGACGAGAAUUCCGGCAAAGUUGGUAAAUUUUUCAUCAGUUUUGUUGAUAUUGCACUUCAGCUGCAUCGUCGCCGAGAAAUCGAGAGAUUUUCCGUCAAAUUUGGGUAUGAUUUCAUGUUUUCGAGUUCUGUUGAUGAUUGGGUUGAAUUUGCUGUUAAAAAGCAGGUUAAAUUUCUGUGUUUGGAUUUAAUUCAGAGACGUAGUAGUAAUCGGCUUCAAAUUCCGAUUAUUGAGUAUAAAUUGCCUGAAAUUCUGUACAAUUAUAAGAAUUUGGUUGAAUUGGUUACUAAUGCUUGUAAGAUUUCGACUGAGGGGUUGAUUAAUUGGGGUUCAUUGAAGUUAUUGAGUGUGUCGAAAACAAAGAUGAAUGAGGAAUUGAUUUCUAGGGUUUUGAGUGGGUGUCCUGUGUUAGAGACAUUGGAGUUGAGGGAAUGGAGUGGUUUUGAUAAGCUGAAGAUUGAAUCAAGUAGUUUGAGGGUGUUGAGGAUUGUUGAGGAGCAACGUCCGAAUUAUGUUGUACAACCUGAAGAUAAUUGCUUCUUGGAGGUUUCGGGUCCGAAUCUUGUGUCCUUGGAAGUUUCGGGUUCUUUGUAUAGGACCAAACUUCGGUUGAGUGAUGUAGGGUGUUUGUCUAAUGCUAUGAUGAAUUUCGAGAUUAUGCCUCAGAGGCGUGGUUCUACAAAUUCUCGGUUUGCUGUGAGGGAUCAAGAUAUUGUAAGGGAAGUCCUUGAGAGUCUUUGCUUAGUAAAGGCAUUGACGAUUGGCGGAUGCUGCAUUAAGGCUGUAUCUACAUGUGAGGCUUACAACCUAUCAUCUCCUUGGUCAGAACGACAAAGUUUAACUCUGUGCAUACAUAUACGCAAAUGGGAUCAUCUUGGAAUAGUUAGCCUACUACACAGUUCUCCUUGUUUGGAGACUUUAGCCGUCAGACUCUCUUAUUGUUCUGAUACGUGUGCUUUGGAGCAUUCCUUUUCCAACAAUCGUGACGAGGAAUACUAUUGGAAGUCAUGGAGUACAAUUUCCAAAUGCCCCCUUCAGCAUCUUAAGACAGUCAAGGUCAUUGGUUUCCAUGAAUCAUGCACAUCAAUGAAGCCCCUGUUUCAGUUUCUGGAGUUUUUGCUUCGAAACUCUAGUGCUCUUCUAGAGAUUGCUAUUCAAGCAUCAAGAUAUGUGACACAGGGGACAGUAGAUGAGGCUCUAAAGCUUCUUGAUGUUCCCACAGCCUCCCCCGAUGUGGUAGUGCACUACGAACCCUCUCAUCUUUGGGUGGAUCCCCUCUACGUGUACCAAAAGUUAACUCUUGUAAGCUGCCCUGAAGAAGUGGCAUGUUAAGAAUUCAUAAUGUAAAUAUUUUAAGCUUUAUAAAUUAUCUACUUUCAGA